AUGGCGCUCUCCAGAGGCUUGAGAUGCUGUCAAAAGGUUUUCUCGUGGAUACCUGUUCUUAUUAUUGCUUCCGUGGUGCUGUGGUCGUAUUACGCUUACGUAUUUCAGCUAUGCCUAUUCACACUGUCGAACUCACUGGAAAAGGUGUCCUAUUUAUUGGUAUUCCAUGUUUGCUUUGGAAUGUUUUCCUGGACCUACUGGAAGUCCAUUUUUACCCCAGUUGCAUCACCAUGCAAGAAGUUUCAGCUGUCUUACUCCGACAAGGAAAGGUACGAGAUGGAGGAGAGACCAGAUGCACAGAAACAAAUCUUGGUCGAUAUUGCCAAGAAGCUACCCAUCUACACUCGAGCACAGUCUGGAGCUAUCAGGUUCUGCGACCGCUGCCAGGUGUUGAAGCCUGACCGCUGUCACCACUGCUCAGUCUGUGAAACAUGCGUUUUGAAAAUGGACCAUCACUGCCCCUGGGUGAACAACUGUGUCGGCUUUUCCAACUACAAGUUUUUCCUGCUUUUCCUCUCUUAUUCAAUGUUAUACUGCAUAUACAUUGCUGCCACAGUCUUUCAGUACUUCAUAAAAUUCUGGGUGGGGGACUUGCCAAACGGACCAGCAAAGUUCCAUGUCCUUUUCCUCAUGUUUGUGGCACUCAUGUUUUUUGUUAGUCUCAUGUUCCUCUUCAGUUAUCACUGUUGGUUGGUUGCCAAAAACAGAUCCACUUUAGAGGCCUUUUCAGUUCCAGUUUUUGUCAGCGGACCGGACAGACACGGUUUCAAUGUUGGCCUACGCAAAAAUCUGCAGCAAGUAUUCGGCAAAGACAGGAAACUUUGGUUCAUCCCUGUUUUCACAAGCCAAGGAAAUGGACAUUUUUUUCCUUUGAAGAAUCGGAGCGAGUGUCAGAACCCCUUACUGGCAAACGGCGAGAUGUGGGAGGAGUCAGAUGACGCUUCUGAGGAAGGAAGCUGGGGUGAGGAUCAAGACCCUUCUGUAACCGUAGAGAUGGAGGACUAA